AUGACGGGAGGGAAGAGGGUGCCGAAGAGCGCGGGGCACGUCGACAGGAUGCCGAGAGUGAAAGGCAAAGAACAAGAAAAGUCCACAGAUGUGAAAGCAAUUAAAACUCCAAUACCAGUACAUUCCCCUCAGAGAAGCACUAGAAAUCAUGCCUUGCUGGAGGCUGCAGGACCAAGCCAUGUGGCCAUCAACGCCAUCUCUGCCAACAUGGACUCAUUUUCCAGCAGCCGGACGGCUGCCCUCAAGAAGCAGCCAAGUCACAUGGAAGCUGCUCAUUUUGGAGACUUAGGCAGAUCCUGUCUGAAUUAUCAGGCUGAAGAGACCAAAUCAAGCCUGUCCAAGACCCUGGAACAAGUUCUGCAGGACAAUGUAGCCCUCCCUUAUUUUAUCCAGUUCAUGGAACUGCGCAGGAUGGAACACUUGGUGAAGUUUUGGUUAGAGGCUGAAAGCUUCCACUCCACAACCUGGUCCCGCAUCAGAGCACACAGCCUGAACACCGUGAAGCAGAGCUCAUUGGCAGAGCCAGUGUCACCAUCCAAACAGCAGGAAAUGGCAUCCUCUUCUCCAACUGGAUUGCUUGAGGAGAGGCUGGAGGAUUCUAGCACAGUCCGUCUGCUCAGGACCAAGCCAGGGACUUCAGACAAGAAUAACAGGACUGGCCACAGCCAGAACCACAUGCUCUCGGGGCAGGAGAGUGACAAUACCAGUGUUCUUUGUCUAAGAAAAUCUGAGACAGGGACCCAUUCUGUUCCAGCUGAUCAGCAAGAAUCUUCCAAGCUUACAGGAUCAAAUAGAAACAGCCCCUCCUCUGCACUAAAAGACUUGUCAGGAAAACUAAUGAAAAGUAUAGAACGGGAUGCAGUUAGUACUUUUACCAAAUAUAUUUCUCCAGAUGCUGCUAAACCAAUACCUAUUACAGAAGCAAUGAGGAACGACAUAGUUGCAAAGAUUUGUGGGGAAGAUGGACAAGUGGAUCCGAACUGUUUUGUCACAGCACAGUCAAUAGUGUUUAAUGCAAUGGAACAAGAGCACUUUAGUGAGUUUUUGAGAAGUCAUCACUUCUGUAAAUACCAGAUUGAGGUGCUGACUAGUGGGACUGUUUAUCUGGCUGACAUACUUUUCUGUGAAUCAGCCCUCUUCUAUUUCUCUGAGUACAUGGAAAAGGAAGAUGCAGUUAAUGUGUUGCAGUUCUGGUUGGCAGCAGAUAACUUCCAGUCUCAACUUGCUGCCAAAAAAGGCCAGUAUGAUGGGCAAGAAGCACAGAAUGAUGCCAUGAUUUUAUAUGACAAGUACUUCUCCCUUCAAGCUACCCACCCUCUUGGGUUUGAUGACUCAGUGAGGCUGGAGAUUGAAUCCAACAUCUGCAGGGAAGGUGGUCCUCUGCCCAACUGUUUCACUACCCCCUUGCGACAGGCGUGGACCACCAUGGAGACGGUUUUUUUACCUGGCUUCUUGUCCAGCAACCUUUACUACAAAUACUUGAAUGAUCUCAUCCAUUCAGUACGAGGAGAUGAAUUUCCAGGAGGGAAUAUUGCACUGAGUAUUCAUGGCCCCAGUAGCUCUCCAGACAGCGAUUCCAUAGGGGGCCAGGAUGGCUCUGCCUCCCAGUCCAAUGUCAAAAAGGCUAAUAUUAAAAUCCUGAAAAAUUUUGAUGAAGCAAUAAUUGUAGAUGCUGCAAGUCUGGAUCCAGAAUCUUUGUAUCAACGAACAUAUGCAGGGAGGAUGACAUUUGGACGAGUCAGUGACCUGGGACAGUUUAUCAGAGAAUCUGAACCAGAGCCUGAUGUCAAAAAAUCAAAAGGGUCCAUGUUUUCACAAGCAAUGAAGAAAUGGGUUCAAGGAAACACAGAUGAGGCUCAGGAGGAGAUGGCCUGGAGGAUUGCGAAGAUGAUCGUCAAUGACGUGAUGCAGCAGGCGCAGUGUGAGCAGCCCAGGGAGAGGGUGACCAAGGUGAGGGCUGGGAGGUGCUGCCUUCAGCUCCCUGAUCCAGACUGUGGGAGCAGCAGAGCUUGCCUCCCUAGUGCAUCUGAAACCCACACUGGUAAAUGUUCAAACUAGCAGCACGAUAGGAAGAAUCAAAGGUUGGAAGUGUUUCAGCCUACAGAUGAUGUAGGAAUUUCUUACAGGCACCAGAACUGGUUCUGUGCAAGUGUUGUAUCAUUCUGA